GUAGAUGGUCGGUAAACCUACGUCACAACCCCUACCCCGGCAUUUGGAGGUUGGACCCACCUAAGCACGCUUUUCGGUGGCACGACUAGCGCACGAAGACAGCGAAUCCUCCGCAAUUGCCAUUUCACCACCUAGCACAUCUUCACCUAUGGUCGCAUAUCCCUAUCCACACAGAUGACCAGCGGUCUGAUGCGGCGCUUCUCGACAUUUGCCCGCACGCAACUCCCCACUAGGACAGCGAGAUCGCUCACUGCGCCCCGGCUGCUGGGGCUCAAGCAGUACAAGAGGACCCUCACCGACGCUGGCGCGAGACAGGCAUCCGUGUCAAGGCACUGGUUUACUAGCUCGUCGCCAUGCUCCCAUGCGAAAUCCGAUGAGCGCGAGAAGGCGCGUUCGAAUGAGCGCAAUUUGAAACUCGGAAACACAAUCCGAGUACUCCACGAUCGCUUACCCACGCUGUUAAUAUCGCCCCUACCGCAAGACAUACUUUCCCCGCAGAUCAGUCUUCAACUAUUCCCCUCAACGCACCCGCACCUACCCACCGUCAGCGGGAGGAUUUCAUACGCAGCAGCACUAUGGACUGCGCCGGUCGCAUGGGGCCAGGUCCCCGUGCUGGGCAAUGUGAAGCUCAAGAUAUUGUCUGAGCGCAUGGUCAAGAAUGGAGGAUCAACCACAAGCAACGUACGCAACGAGAAGCUCAUAGUCCGGUGGCAAACAUGCAAAUCGGAAAAGGAGAACGGCCAGGUCAGCGACGUAGUCGAAAAGAUUACGAGCAUCGUCGCGGGAUCCAAGAGGCCGCACCAGGAGUUUACUGGGCUGUUCAAGUUUGAAUUCGACGAAGAGGGGCGCAUCUUGAAUCACAUCAUCGAGCACACAGAAGAGGGCCAGCACUGGGACAGGACGGCCAAGGUUAUCAGUGUGACUGAUUGGCUUCUGGGACGGGCGUGGGGCAGGCGUGAGGAAGUGAGCCCUAGUCUGGCUUUUGUCAAAUGCUGGAGAGAGAAGAACAGUCGGGGUCGUGGCGAGCGGCGAUGAGGCGUUGGUGUACAGGCCCUUCACCACUCUAUUGUACAAGACUUGUAAUCACGAAGUAAUGACAACACCCAUGCUCACA